CCCUCCACCAGCGGGCACCCUUCUCCGGAAGCUGACGGUGAUUGGCAAGCUUUAAUGAGGAAGGAGGGGCCAGUUUCCAUGGCGUGAACACAACAGAGUUCUGACCCUUAAGACACCUGCCCCUGCUGAGCACUUCAGAUUUCAAACAAGAUAUUGUUUUUGUCAUGGAAUUGACCAAAAUGUCGGACAUGACAAAGCUCCACCAGGCUGUGGCUGCAGGGGACUACAAUUUAGUGAGAAAGAUUUUGAAAAAAGGUCUCUGUGACCCAAACUACAAGGAUGUGGACUGGAAUGACCGAACCCCCCUUCACUGGGCGGCAAUCAAAGGGCACGUGGAGGUGAUUCAUGUCCUUCUAGAAUAUGGAGCCAGGCCCUGCCUGGUAACCGAUGUGGGCUGGACCGCAGCUCAUUUUGCAGCUGAGUCAGGCCAUGUGAAUGUGCUCAAAGUUCUCCAUGGACUGCAUGCUCCCAUCGAUGCCCCCGACUUCUUUGGAGACACACCAAAGAGGAUUGCACAGAUCUACGGGCAGACCGCCUGUGUGGCCUUCCUGGAGAAGGCUGAGCCCGAGUGCCAGGACCACCGGCGCACCGCCAGGGAGAAGGGGCUGCCUCUGGACCAGCAGGACGAAGACUGGGAUGCCAAGAAAAGGGAGCUGGAGCUGUCUCUCCCUUCCUCAAAUCGAAACACUGAUAAGAAAACGAAUAAAACAAUUCGAGCCCCCACCAGACCUGGCCAUAUGAAGGAGAGAUGGGCAUGAGAAGGACAGCGUCCUCGGCAGCUCUAGCACGCAGGUUGGCUGUGGGGAACUGUCCCUGGACCAGAGUAGGAGUUGUGAGACCUGUACCAUCAUUAUGUGAUGUUUCUUAGAGACCGUUACCCAGAUGACUUCUUUUGGUAGCUCAGCACCUGCCAUUGGAUCUGAAGCCUUGCUGGGUGUCCUCUGCUGGAGCAGCUGCCUCUCUGCUGAGGCGCACUGUCCCCAGGAAUUGCCAGGAAUAGCCAAGCAUUCGCUGCUUGUACGUGGUCACCAGUCAUUUGCACUGUCAGCAUCCUCUGGCCCCGCUGUGUUGUUAUAGAAUUUCAGGAGGCAAUGAAAGCACUCACCCUAAGGGAACUUGAUUGUUGAGAUGAAAAACAAACAAAAAAGUAGUAAUAAAAUCUCAGAAAUUUCCUACCUACUCAGUACAGUUAAUCGGUGACAAAUAUGAUUUGUUGUCCCAUAAACGAAGCAAAGAGGUGAACAAAGGUAGCUCCCAGCUUCCAGCUAUGGCUUUCCUGCGUGGGGCGGAGGGCCGCAAUCCCAGAGCGGUCAUUUCUACCAAUGACCGCUUCCCCAUAGGAGUAGAGAUCCGGGCGAUAGACCAGCUUGGUGAGCGAGAACUGGGAGCACGGACGAGGAUUCGCUCCCUCCCACGUAACAAGCGAGGGGUAGCACGAGAACUAGGAUGUGUGAUUCCGUCUUUACUGUCUGGUGUGCGUGUUAGGAAAUCUCAGUACAGAUAAGGUUAUUUCCAGUUAAAAUGUCACAUCCAACCUGAGAUGUGCUCUCCAUGUGAAAUACGUAUCAGAUUUUGAAUACUUAGAACAAAAAAGGUAAAGUGGUUCAUUAACAAUAUUAUUGAUUAUGGGUUGAAAUGAUCAUAUUUUGGAUAAAAUAUGUCACUGGCAGGAAUUUUGCUCUCUUUCUCUCCACUUUUUAAAAUACGUGGCUGCUAGAGUGUUUAAAAUUACGUGGCUGGCUUGCUUUAUUUUUGUUUUGUUUUGUUCUGUUCUGUUCCAUUGGUGGGGGGGGGGGGGUUGUUUGUUUGUUUGGGCUAUCAGAUAGUCCUGCAGUAGAAACCAGAAAAUAUUUAGAGCCUCCACCAGACAGCUGGCCUGAUAGACUCCAAUUAAUAGUUUUUCUACCUAAAUCAAUGUCUUUGGACACCUAACAUCCUCAUUACACUUUCCUCAAUUAAUGCUUAUGUUAAUACAGGCCAUGCUUGGUUUGGAUUCUCUGAAAUGAAUAAAUGCUUGAACCUCUGGUAGGAAAGUUGUAGAGCUACGGAGGAUACCUUUUCUAGUGUUUGUAUCCAUCCUGAGCAUCAAUCCCCUUUCUCUAUGCUCAGCAAGUCCCAGAGGUGGUUCCUGCUUGCUGUGCUCCUGUUGGUCCUCAACUGGGGUACGAACUUUGGAAGACACCUGACUCAAGCUGGACCACUCAGAUUCUUCUCCUGGGAGCCAGCUGGUUCUGGUGUCUGAGACUAGGCUCUGGGUACAGGGGGGGGUCUCUGCCUCUGUCCUGACCUGCCCCACACUGCCCUUGACAGCUGUGCAGAGUCCAUCCUCUCUCCGAGUUCACACUUCCCCUCCUGCGAGCCGCAGCUCAUGCAGAGGCUUGCAGUUGGAGAAGGGGUGGGGGUGGGGUGGAAAAAGACCCAGGCUGCAAUACAGAGCACCCCCAAGUUGAAGAAAGGCCUGUCAUUUCCCCCUUCAUCCUGAGACCCCGUCUUCGCAGGGGUCUACCCCCACCAAUGAGCCCCUCCCUCACUGGCCCUCAUUCUCCUCACUAAGCCCCCUCCAUCUCAGAGCACUCAGUCACGUCCAUGAGUCCUCUCUCCACAAUCUCCCCUCCACCCUCAGCCCUAGCAACAUCCUCAGAAAGGCAUAGACAGGGCCUAUGACUGAGCCCGGCUGGGGGUGGAGAAGUUGGAGCGGGAUUGGGUUCUGCACUUCUCCUCUUGCCGGGGACCUCCUGGGCUCCCUACUCCCUGUGUAGCCUCAGGAGCAGAAGGGUCUCUCUCCAUUCCCACCUCUGCCCUCAUCACUGCUUCUGGUUCCUGAGCUACUCACAGCGGGUCUUCCUCUGGAACAAUAUGUCCGCCUAAGUGCCAGCUACCGUGCACUGGGCUGAAAAAACAGCAGGGAAAUCUCGCCCAAAGAUUGGACAUGGGGGAUGGCAGUUUUGCUUGGUGUGGUCAAGCACCCAUUUCGGAGGAACAUUGAUGACCAGAGGUUGUGGGCCAGGAGCUGGGAAGGGAGGAACUGAGAAACCCUGGGGCUGAGCCUGCCCCCCAGGCCUGGCCCCUCAGCCUUGGUAGGCUCCUUGGAGGAGAAUUAAUAGAAGC